UUUCACGGAGGGUGGACGUUACUCUAUUUACCUGCUGCCGUAACGUGAUUUUAUGAUUUUAAGUCAGUUUGAAUUCGCCUUUCUUAUUGUAUUGUGAUCUUUACACAACAAGGAAUAAUAUUUGGUGAUUUAAAGAAAACAAGUAGGAAAAGGACACACGAAGUAGGAACUCUUGAGUGAAGUUUAAGGUAUGGGAGUUCAUUCUCCUGUUUUGUCUGACUACACGUCAGUACCUGCCUGCUUGCACGACUACUACACUGUCACCACUCCUACAGGAAGAUAUAUCAUCAUUGGAAGAAGCACAACAUAGGGAGACCCUAAUGUUUCCUGCAAUUAGUCAUUAGAUUACCCCAGUAGGCUGAGGACCCACGCAAUAACAGGUCCACCGAAGUUAUUACGUCAAGGAGGAAAUUCAGGAAUCGCCCAAAUAUUGAUGUGCAGUGACUUUCAGCGUUUAUUGUUUUUUUUAAUUGUUUUUGAAUGCAAAUAUAAAAUAAAAUGCAAUAAUGCUGUUUGGGUGUAAUGUUUACAUAAUGAUGGGCCUCGGCACCACAGUGAGUCAACUUUACAAUCGCAAGAGGUCAUAGUUUCAUGCUCACUAAAUUAUCAUACAUAAUUAUUUUAGUGUAAUGAAAUGCCUGUGUUUGAUGAGGAUGAUAGCCCUAUGGGACAGUCUACCAGCAUAGCACCAGACAACACUACCUGUAUCAAGAACAGUGUGUUUACAGUCAAGAUUGGUAUGAUGAUAACCCACGCUGAACAUCCACUUUCUCAAGAUGUUAGGUUGAGUUUUGGCAAAUUUGAAGGAGAUGAGUUGUUGGGUCACAUUCCCAAGCCAAGAGAAGAAUGAAAAGCUUCGUCAAAUGGGGAUAAUGAUGCUGGAUAACCAAAAUUACGGAUCCAUACUCAGUGCUGUAAAUCAAACUAAACUUAUGUGACUUGGGGCAAAGAGAACAAAGUAAAGAUAUAGUGUAAUGUAAAAGAAAAUUGCCACUGAUGUCACCGCCUACCAGUGAUAACAGUGUAGUACAACGGAAAGGGAACUCCUGUCAGCAAUAUUCAGGUUAUUGCAAAGUUGUGCUGCCAUCUGACGGCAACUUGAGGAAGCCACAUCCGGGGUCUGUCAGUGUUAUGGCGGCCGUGACGGAGGGCAAAUAUGACGCAGCCAGUAACCACGAUGAACUUGAUAUUACGAAUGGAAAAUGUGUAAGAAAUGACUUGAAAGUAGAGGAAGAGAGCGAUACCACACAAGUCGAGGGCCAUAGUGUUGUGGGCAGAGAUAAAGGGAGUUUUAGGAAUUUCCCAGGAUUCGUGGAUAUGUCGUCGCCUGGUUCAUCAGCUUCGCUUGUAAAAAUGGAUUCGAAGUAUUCGCCAGAACCUCCUUUAUGUAGUGCUGAAUCAGGCCCCCUGGACACCAGUGACCAUCACCACCACCACCACCACCACCACCACAGGGAUCACCACCACCAUCAUCACCACAAGAAAAAGAAGCACAAGGAGAGAGAGAGAGACAGGGCACACCAUAAGAAACACCGAAACAGAGAUAAGGACCGUAGUGGGGAACCUCGCAUUAAAUGGAGAAGUGAGAAUGGUAGCAGUGGCAGUGGUACACCCGAGCGUGAUGUGUCUGAGGAGAGGAGCUACACGCCACCUGUUCACCCUGAUCUAAGAGUAGCAUCAAGAAGAGGUCGGGGAUCUUCUGAAGAUGGUGAUUCUUCAAGAUCCCUGUCUCUUACUCCCCCAAGACGUCUCACUUCGCCACACACACAUAAUAACAUUCACGACAGAAAUAAUCAGCAGAGCCAUCCGGAUUCCUCAAGAGUACCUUUGUUGCCUCAUAGAUUGGGGAAUACUUCACCCACAGCAUCACCAUCAAGCCCUCCCAUUCCACCUACCUCAUCAGUCAAUCCACUCACAAGACCACCAGGAACUCCUCCAAUGUCCAGAUCAAGUUGUAUUCCUCCAAGAUCCCCGGGUUCUCCCUCCCCACACAAGUCCCCAGGAACUCCUACUAUGACAUAUCCUUCCAUACCCUUUUCAUACUCUAUGCUUUCUGAAAACACUUCUUCAACAAGACUAUGUCCUUCUUCACCCUCACCCUAUUCUCAGAGACCCCAUGAAGCUUCUUUCACACCUGGUACUCCUACUCAGUCCAUAUCACCAGAGUCUGCAUGGUCUCUAAGAUCACCAGGAACUCCCCCACCCCCUCCAAGAUCACCAGGAACUCCCCCACCCCCUCCAAGAUCACCAGAAACUCCCCCACCCCUCUAA